CAAAAACAAGUCAAAUAUUCUGACAGGUGGUUUGUAAAAAUUCGUAUUGUUGUGAUGUUUCCUACAAAUCAACAGGUUGAAUAAGCAUUAAAAUUGGCAAAACUAAAUCAAAUCAAGUGUUGAAGGAAUAUUGUUUUCUUCAGUGUUAUUUUCUAUACAUUAUACGACAUUUUUGUGGUUCUUUUAAAAGUAAAUAUGGAAUAUGAUUAUUUGAUUAAAUUUCUUGCCUUGGGCGACUCUGGGGUUGGAAAAACAAGCUUUUUAUGUCAGUAUUGUGAUGGGAUGUUCAAUCAAAGAUUUAUAUCAACUGUAGGAAUUGACUUUAGGGAAAAAAGACUGUUGCAUCAAAGUAAUGGCCGAAAUAACAGGAUACAUCUGCAACUAUGGGACACAGCGGGACAAGAAAGAUUUCGCAGCUUAACAACAGCUUUUUAUCGCGACGCAAUGGGUUUUUUACUGCUAUUCGAUCUAACUAACGAGCAGUCGUUUCUAGAAAUCGUAAACUGGAUAGAGCAAUUAAGGGUCCAUGCGUACUGCGAAUGCCCUGACGUGGUAAUAUGCGGCAACAAGGCCGAUUUAGACGAAAAAAGGGUCAUAACGGAAUGGCGAGCAAAAGAUUUGGCAGAAAAACACGGUUACGAAUAUUUUGAGACCAGUGCUGCCAACGGUCAAAACAUCCACGGGGCUGUUCAAUCGCUACUAAACAGAGUUAUGAUUCGUAUGGAAACAGCCGUAGAUAAGGCAAUGUUGCCAGGUCGACGCGGUAGGGCUAAACACGAUUCCGAAGUUAAUUUGAAUGUGCCCUUACAGCAAAAAUGUUCCUGUUAAUGCGCAAUAUUUAU